AUGAAGUUCACACUGACCCGUCGGUGCUUGGUACUCUUCAUCUUCCUAAAUCACCCAACCCCAAUUCUUCCUGCCACUUCAAAUGACACCUAUCCUCCAAAUAUGAAGUCCGAGCCAUUUCUGUAUGUCCUAGGACGAAAGAAAAUGUCGGAUGCGCAGUACAAAUGCUAUGACCGCAUGCAGCAGUUACCCCCGUACCAAGGAGAAGGUCCCUAUUGCAACCGUACCUGGGAUGGAUGGCUGUGCUGGGAUGAUACACCGGCUGGAGUACUGUCCCAACAAUACUGCCCGGAUUAUUUUCCAGACUUUGAUUCAUCAGAAAAGGUUACAAAAUACUGUGAUGAGAAAGGGGUUUGGUAUAAACAUCCUGAGAACAAUCGAACCUGGUCCAACUAUACCAUGUGUAAUGCUUUCACUCCUGAGAAACUGAAGAAUGCAUAUGUCCUGUACUACUUGGCUAUUGUGGGUCAUUCUAUGUCGAUUUUCACCUUGGUGAUUUCUCUGGGAAUUUUCGUGUUUUUCAAGAAACUGAUAAUAGUAUUUUCUUUUGACUUGAAAGUUAGGAAAGCAUUGAACCUUGGCUGCCAAAGGGUAACUCUGCACAAGAACAUGUUUCUGACUUACAUUCUGAACUCUAUGAUUAUCAUCAUCCACCUGGUUGAAGUAGUACCCAAUGGAGAGCUCGUGAGAAGGGACCCGCUGAGCUGCAAGAUUCUGCACUUCUUUCACCAGUACAUGAUGGCGUGCAACUAUUUCUGGAUGCUCUGUGAGGGAAUCUACCUGCACACACUCAUCGUGGUGGCUGUGUUCACUGAGGAGCAACACCUGCGUUGGUAUUAUCUCUUGGGCUGGGGGUUCCCGCUGGUGCCGACCACUAUCCAUGCUAUUACUCGGGCGCUGUACUUCAAUGACAACUGCUGGCUGAGUGUGGAAACCCAUUUGCUUUACAUCAUCCAUGGCCCCGUGAUGGCAGCACUGGUGGUCAAUUUCUUCUUCCUGCUCAACAUCGUCCGGGUGCUUGUGAGCAAACUGAGGGAAACCCAAGAGGCGGAAUCGCACAUGUACCUGAAGGCUGUGAGGGCCACUCUGAUCCUGGUGCCCCUGCUGGGAAUCCAGUUUGUCGUCUUUCCCUGGAGGCCAUCCAACAAGAUGCUUGGGAAGAUCUAUGAUUAUCUGAUGCACUCUCUGAUUCAUUUCCAGGGAUUCUUCGUUGCCGUGAUUUACUGCUUCUGCAACAACGAGGUCCAAACCACCGUGAAGCGCCACUGGGCUCAAUUCAAAACCCAGUGGGAUCAGCGCUGGGGGAGGAGGAACCCCCGCCGCGCCGCAGCCAGCGCUGCAGCCGCUGCUGCAGCCGCUGCCGCUGCCGCAGCUGAAGCCGGUGAGAUCCCGGUUUACAUCUGCCAUCAGGACCUGAGGAACGAAGCCGCCAACAACCUGGGCGAGGAGGGUGCUGAGGUCAUCGCCUUGGAGAUCAUCGAGCAAGAGUCAUCCGCUUGAAUGUGAAGCUAACAUCGUGAUCCCUGAGCCUUCAUUUCCUGGGAGACAGACAGACCAUGCGUUUAAAAGU